GCUGCCCUCAUAGAAUGAGUUUGGAAGAAUUACCUCCACUUCAAUAUUUUGGAAUGGUUUGAGAAGAAUUGGUAUUAGUUCUUUAAAAGUUCAAUAGAAUUCAGCUGUGAAGACAUCUGGUCCUGGACUUUCUUUGCUGGGAGAUGUCUUAUUCUUGUUAUUAUUGGUUUGCUCAUGCUUUCUGUUUCUUCCCACUUCAAUCUUAGUAUGUUGUAUGUGUUUAUUUAUUUGCUAAUUUACUGACAUAUAUUUGACAUAAUAGUCUCUAAUGAUGCUUUGCAUUUCAGUGGUGUCAGUUGUGAAGACUUCUUUUUCUAUUGAUUUAAAAAAAAUGGUUUUAUUAACACCAAAGGGAUGAAUACAGUUCUCAAAUAGAAGCUCCAAGAGCCCUUGUUUCAUUGGCAAUCAGGUGUGCUGUCUUUUGUGUGGUUAUUAUUUCUAUGGUAACUGAGGCCUACUGACCUAACAAAGGGUCACUGACUCUAGAAUCCAGUUACAGAUUAUUGAACAAAGGCAUUUUCUUGGGAGGAUGUACUGAAAAUUGACAGAAGGCAGGGAGAGAACGGGAAAUAUACCCAUGGGGCUGCAGCCUGAUACUCUGCUGGCUUUUGCUUUGGGAGUUUAGGACACCAUGGCUGCUUCCUCCAUGACUGUGGGAAGGAGAGAUCUUAAAGAAAGGAGCAAAUUACAGGGAGAAGGGAAGGGAAUUCAUAUAAAGUAAAACCAUAAAACAAGAUUUAGACAAAAAGUCUGCAGAGCUGAAGAUGGAUCAGGCUUUGCUAGUCAUCCAUAAUGAACUACUCGAGACAAACUUGACUGUCUACUGGAAAUCUGAAUGGUGCUAUCAGUGCUUGUUCCAGGUGCUGGUCAUUGUCUCUCAGAGUGGAAAGCCCGGCGUGCCCAGCUUUGCAGCUGUCUCUGUCUCCACCCAGCACGGCUCCAUCCUGCAGCUGAACGAUACCCUGGAAGAGAAAGAAAUUUGUAGGCUGGAAUACAAAUUUGGAGAAUUUGGAAACUAUUCUCUUUUGGUAAAGCACAUCCAUAAUGGAGUCAAUGAGAUUGCCUGUGACCUAGUUGUCAACAAGAAUCCAGUUGAUAGUAAUCUUCCCGUGAGUGUUGCAUUCCUCAUUGGUCUAGCACUCAUCAUUGUGAUAUCCCUUCUGAGGCUCUUGUUUAGUUUGGACGACUUUAAUAAUUGGAUUUCUAAGGCAAUAAAUUCUCAAGAAACCGAUCGCCUGAUCAAUUCUGAGCUGGGAUCUCCAAGCAGGGCAGACCGUCUGGGCGACGACAUCCAGCCAGCCACGUGGCGCCCGUCUACGCCUCCACCCCGCCUCCGCUGUGUGGACACAUUCCGGGGGAUAUCUCUCAUACUCAUGGUCUUCAUCAAUUACGGAGGAGGAAAAUACUGGUACUUCAAGCAUGCGAGUUGGAAUGGACUGACAGUGGCUGACCUUGUUUUCCCAUGGUUUGUAUUUAUUAUGGGAUCUUCAAUUUUUCUAUCAAUGACAUCUAUACUGCAACGGGGAUGUUCAAAAUUCAGAUUGCUGGGGAAAAUUGCAUGGAGGAGUUUCCUGUUAAUCUGUAUAGGAAUUAUCAUUGUGAACCCCAAUUAUUGCCUUGGUCCAUUGUCUUGGGAGAAGGUGCGAAUUCCCGGUGUUCUGCAGCGGUUGGGGGUGACUUACUUUGCAGUUGCUGUGUUGGAGCUUCUCUUUGCUAAACCUGUGCCUGAAAAUUGUGCCUCGGAGAGGAGCUGCUUUUCUCUUGGAGACGUCACGUCCUCCUGGCCCCAGUGGCUCCUCAUUCUGAUGCUGGAAAGCAUCUGGCUGGGAUUAACAUUCUUCCUGCCGGUUCCUGGGUGCCCUACUGGUUAUCUUGGCCCCGGUGGCAUCGGAGACUUGGGGAAGUAUCCAAAUUGCACCGGAGGAGCUGCUGGCUACAUCGACCGCCUGCUGCUGGGGGAUGGCCACCUUUACCAGCACCCUUCUUCCGCAGCACUUUAUCACACGGAGGUGGCCUAUGAUCCAGAAGGAAUCCUAGGGACCAUCAACUCCAUUGUGAUGGCCUUUUUGGGAGUUCAGGCAGGAAAAAUACUAUUGUACUACAAGGAUCAGACCAAAGCCAUCCUGAUCAGAUUCACUGCCUGGGGUUGUAUUCUAGGGCUUAUUUCUGUUGCUUUGACAAAAGUUUCUGAAAACGAAGGCUUUAUUCCAGUGAACAAAAACCUCUGGUCCAUCUCGUACAUCACCACGCUCAGCUCUUUUGCCUUCUUCAUCCUGCUGGUCCUGUACCCGGUCGUGGAUGUGAGGGGGCUAUGGACAGGAGCCCCGUUCUUUUAUCCAGGAAUGAAUUCUAUUCUGGUGUAUGUAGGCCACGAGGUGUUUGAGAACUACUUCCCCUUUCAGUGGAAGCUGGAGGAUAACCAGUCGCACAAGGAACAUCUAACUCAGAACAUAGUUGCCACUGCUAUCUGGGUGCUCAUUGCCUACAUUCUGUAUAGAAAGAAGAUUUUUUGGAAAAUCUGAUAGGUCCUGCUAAGAUGUGUUGCUGGAAGACUCUAGUGGACUGGGGGAAAGUAUUAAAGCAACCUUUAUUAUUAAAGGGAAUCAUUAAUUAUAAAAUCAA